AUCUUAUUGCUAUUAAAUUGUCUAUAGUGGCUUAAUAAAUAAAGAAGUAAGCUAUUUAAAGCAAUGUGUGUAUUUAAUUAAAACUAACCAAGUUAAUUAAAACCGAUUGAAUUUUGGUAUCCUCAACUCUUAAAAUUUUUAUAAAAUGGAUAAAAAGGUAUCAUCUUCAAAUUCAAGAGCUAUAAAAAAAGAUAAAAAGGAAGAUAUCAAAUCGAAACUAAGUUAAUUAAAAUAAUUUGAAUUUUGGUAUCUAAAACACUAAAAAUUUUUAUAAAAUGGAUAAAAAGGUAUCAUCUUCAAAUUCAAAAGCUAUAAAAAAAGACAAAAAGGAAGAUAUUAAGAAGGAAGAUGAGAAGAAAAAAGAUCCAGAUAUCGAGUCAGACUUGGAUGAUCCUGUCAUUAAGGACCUGUUUUCGGGAUUGGAGGGUGCCGCAUUUCAAAGUAGAAUGCCUUUUGAUAAACUAACUUCCACAGAAGCAGCCUGUUUUCCUGAUAUAGCUUCAGCUGCGUUGCAAACCGUAAAAGUUUACUUGAAUAUACGCAAUAAAAUUUUACAAAUGUGGUUGGAAAAUCCCAAACAACAGCUUAUAUUGGAUCAUGUAAUAAAGAAAAUGGAACCUCCUUAUAAUAGCGAUAUUCCUUUGCUUAAACGUGUAUAUGGAUUUCUAGAUAGAAAUGGCUUUAUAAAUUUUGGCAUUUUCAAAAGACUUCGCCCCAUACCUUCAAAAAAGUAUGGCAAAGUAAUUGUAAUUGGUGCUGGAAUUGCCGGAUUGGCUGCAGCAAGACAAUUGCAGCAGUUUGGUUUGGAAGUUAUUGUCCUUGAGGCUCGUGAUAGGGUAGGGGGACGAAUAGCAACAUUUAGAAAGGGAAAUUACAUAGCAGAUCUUGGUGCUAUGGUGGUAACAGGUCUGGGUGGUAAUCCAGUAACUACUCUCAGUAAACAAAUAGACAUGGAAUUACACAGAAUUCGUCAAAAAUGCCCCCUUUAUCAAUCUUGUGGACUAACAGUUGACAAGGAUAAAGAUGAAAUGGUUGAAAGAGAAUUUAACCGUUUGCUAGAAGCUACUUCAUAUUUAUCACAUCAAUUGGAUUUUAACUAUGCAGGCAAUAAACCUGUUAGUUUGGGACAAGCUCUUGAAUGGGUAAUUAAGCUGCAAGAGAAGCAUGUAAAGGAAAAACAUAUACAUCAUUUGAAAUCAAUUAUAGAAUUGCAAGAAAAGCUUAAAAGUAAUCAAAUACAGUUAAUUCAAGUAAAGGGACAAAUGCAAGAAAUUAAUAAAAAAGUAAAGGAAGUAGCCCUGUUUGAGAAAAGAGACCUUCAACAAGAGUUUGUAUACAGAAGUGGUAUCAGAGACCUAAAAGCUCUUGCAAGGGAAUGGGAUCAACUUCAAGAACAAGCAAAGGAAAUUGAGGAUAAAUUGAAAUUAAUAGAAAAUUCACGACCAAGUGAUGUAUAUUUAUCAUCCAAAGACAGGCAAAUAUUAGAUUGGCAUUUUGCAAAUUUAGAAUUUGCAAAUGCAACUCCCCUCUCUAAUUUAUCUCUUAAGCAUUGGGAUCAAGAUGAUGAUUUUGAAUUUACAGGAAAUCAUUUAACGGUCCGUAAUGGAUAUUCAUGUGUGCCGGUAGCACUUGCAGAAGGGUUAGAUAUUAAACUCAAUGCUGGUGUGAAGAAUGUUCAAUAUAAUAAUGAAGGUGUUGAAGUCACUGUAUAUAACCCUAGAAACCCACAAACUGUUAACACCUACCACGCAGAUGUUGUUUUAUGCACUCUUCCACUAGGAGUUUUAAAAUUAAGUACAUCUCCAUCCAGUGGGCAGCUUAAUACAGUUCAGUUCUCUCCUCCUUUACCUGACUGGAAGACUUCAGCUAUACAAAGACUUGGCUUUGGAAAUUUGAACAAAGUAGUUUUAUGUUUUGAACGCAUCUUUUGGAACCCACAGGCAAAUCUUUUUGGCCAUGUUGGUAGUACAACUGCAAGCAGAGGAGAGCUGUUUUUAUUUUGGAGUAUUUAUAAAGCGCCUGUUUUAUUAGCCUUGGUAGCAGGGGAAGCAGCAGCCAUAAUGGAAAAUGUUACUGAUGAUGUUAUUGUGGGCAGAUGUAUAGCUGUUUUGCGUGGAAUAUUUGGACCUUCUGGAGUACCUCAACCAAAAGAAACAGUUGUUACACGCUGGAGAGCUGAUCCAUGGUCACGAGGUUCUUAUAGUUUUGUGGCAGUUGGGAGUUCUGGAAGUGAUUAUGACCUUUUGGCAUCUCCAGUUAUCCCUCCAAGUUCACACGAAAUGUCUGCAACAUCUGGAUUGGCUAGGGUAUUUUUUGCUGGUGAACAUACAAUUCGAAAUUAUCCGGCAACUGUACAUGGAGCUUUUUUAAGUGGUUUAAGAGAGGCCAGUAGAAUUGCUGAUCAAAUUAUUGGGAAUCCUUGUUUACCACAACCUGUAGAAUAGACAGCAAAUUGGGCCCUACGAAAGAGAAUUUUUGAAAACCUGAUUGUGACGGUUAUAAGUUCACAAUUAGAUGGUUGAAUUGCUAUUCCAAGCAAUAAAAAAUGCAAGAUGCACAAAUACACAGAGACACAGCUGAAUUUUUUAGCGACAAAGAAAAAAAUGUGUAUAUUUUACAAUUUUAGGUAAAUAUCUAAGCUUAAUAGAUUGCUUAGAAAAAACAGUAAUGAUGUUUUAUUUUUAAAUAAAUGCAAUUCCUA